GCGAAACGCACUGCUCUGGCACAUUACCGACGAUUCCCAACAUCGAUAAUGGACGAGAAUUAACCGUGUACACAAUCAUUUUCGCGAGCACCUACGGCUCGACGGUUUUCAAACGAUUCCCGUUAUCGUGCUCGCGGAUAGCCGCGCUUUCCGUCGAAUAAUUUUCGCGCGUUCCAGUCGUGACCGCCUCGAAUGUUUGCUCCGAUUACCUUACUACCUCUGGCGUCGGAUCUUUCGUACCCGUGAAUAGCUGGGGUGAAAAUGAUUGAAUAUUCGGACCAGGAAUUCGAAAAGAAGCUAAUGCUUCUGAAAGACACUCAAGAUGCUAUUCAAUCUUUGUCCGCUUGGUGCCUGAAACGACAUACAAACCAUAAGAACAUAAUUUCCAUUUGGUUAAAAGCAAUUAGGAAAGUGAAGAUCGAGAAACGUUUGACUUUAUUUUAUUUGGCUAAUGAUGUCAUACAAUAUAGCAAGAAAAAAAAUUAUAAAUUUGUUGAUGGAUGGGCGACUGCUAUUCAAAAAGCCAUACCUUAUGUCAGAGAUGAAAAAAUACAAUCUAAAAUGUCUAGAAUUAUUAAAAUUUGGGAAGAACGUGGUGUAUAUGAUGAUAGUUACCUAGCUGAUUUAACUGGUUUAUUAACAACACCAAUUCAGAAAUUAAAAUUAGCAGAUCCUGUGCAAGAGUUUCAAAUACAUGCAUUAGCUAUCAAAGUACGCUCUUGUGUGAAAUUGGAACAGUUAACAGAUUUAAAGAUGAAAACAUUAAGAGAAGCUAAUUUGCCUUUAACUAAUAGUGAAGCCAUACAUAAUAUGUUAAAAGAUCGAACAAGAAGUCAUGAAUUUCUUAAUGAAUUAAAUGAAGGUAUGGUUAAAAUUGAAAGUUACGUUAAAUGCCUUAAACGAGAAACUGUUGAACGUGCUCAACUAAUAGAUGCUUUAGAAGUAGCAACGUCUUAUUAUGAUGAACAAAAUGGAGAAGUGAAAACUGUUGCGCAAGCAUAUUUUAAUUACACUAAACGAGUAAAACUUCUUAAGAGUAAAUUGGAAUCAAUGGUAGGAUCUAUGCCAACUGAUAGUCCUAUGCCUUCACCUGAUGUUAAUGCACCAUCACCUUCAACAUCUUCAGUAUCUGCUGAAGACAUACAAAAUAUAAGUUUUGAGAAUUUAUCAAACCCUAGUAAUUAUAUGAUAAAUUCUUCAAUGGAAAAUAUGACUAACGAUUCUGAUGUUUAUAUACCAACCACAGUUGUCACUAAAAUUAAACCCUACAUUGCUCCUAAAUCAUAUAAUACAGUUCAAGAACUUUAUGAUCCAGCUUCUGUGAGUUUUCCAGCUAUAGAUAAUCAAAGUGAACAGACAUUAACCAACCAGUUUCCUUAUGAUGCCCCAUCGCCAUCUCCCGAUGAGACAUUUGCAUAUUCAACAUAUCCUAAUCAGACAAAUGUAUCAUUUAACACUCAAUUGGUAGUUAACCCAAACGAUAAAAGUACUGCAUAUUCUACAAAUAGUUAUGAAGCAUAUGUACCUACUCCAAUGUCUUCUAGUCAACAAUAUAUAACUUCUGAAUUCUCUAAUAUUGUGUCUCCUAAUAAUUCAUCAUCACAGAUUAUAAAUGAAAAUACCAUGCCUGUGAACCUUGUUGGACAAACAGCUUGGGAUGGAACAAUACAUAAUGAUAAUUGGUCAACUAAUGAUACACCUGCUUCACCACCAUUUCAUGAAAAAAUCUCUUAUCAAGACACAUCAGUUAUUAAUAAAUCUGAUGUUGUUGAUCACUGUGUCAUAGCUCAAAAAAUGCUAGAUAGAGAUGAAAGAGUUAUUGGUCAAAAGAUAACUUCUAAAGCUUCUGAUAUAGAUCAUAGAAAUUUGAUCAGUUUAACACAUUCUCCUCAUAUGAAUUCACCUUUAGUUUCUACAGAUAUUGACUAUCGAUCAUUUCCUGGUAUUCCUAUGCCACCUUCACCACCAGCUUUGCUUAUGGAAGCAGUUAGUAAGCCACAAAAAGAUAAUGUAGAAAGUGUUGAUAUGGAUUUAAGUGAUGAUGAAGAUAAACCAAAAUCAAACCAUGAUCAAAAGCAUCCAAUACUUUUACCUCCUCCUCUUCCACCACCGAUGCCUUUUGAUUUUGAGCAGCAAAAUAUAUCAGAUGUUACAAACCAAUGGGAAUUAUCAUCUCAACAGUGGAGUAAUGAAAGAUCUAAUUUUAAUGAAAUGCAGUGGAAUGCAGAACAACCUGAACAAUGGAAACAACCUAAUCAGUGGGAACAUGAACAAAGUGAUAUAAACAUAGUUCACAAUCAACCUCCUCCUCUUCCCUGGCCUCAACAUGAACAGAGAGGCCAAAUUAAUACGGAUUUUAGACCAAAAUGGAAAAGAGGAAACAAUAACUGGCCUAGAGGCUCUAGAAAUUUCAAUCAUCAAUCUAGACCUAGUGGUAGAUGGAAUCAGGGGCCGCGCUUUGGACCUAGGAAUCCUCCUUGGUAAGUGAAUUGUUUUAAGUUAGACUUGAGACUGAGCUGAUAAAAUGUAUAUUUUUGUAAUUUAAUGACACUUAAUAAAUUCUGUUAUUUAGUUCUAAAAGCUGUAUUUUGAGCUUUUUAAACAUGUUUGUUUAUUGUUAUGUAUUUGUAUACUAUUAAUUUAAGUUGAUUAUUAUUAAAUAAGAUUGUUUACCGAAGACUAGACACAAUUUUUUUAUGUAUUUUAGUCAAUAUGCAAUAAAUAUUUGACAAUUGUAUCAUACCUGUUACUACUUUAAUUGAGUUGGAAUCUCAUUCGCCAUAAGUUAAUUUUUCAUGCAGUCAAAAUAUACUAAAUUUUUAACCAAAGCUGCAUACCCAUAUAUAU